CGUGUUGGUCGGCUCAUACAAAAUACUGAAGUGCACGGGCACAGACACACCGCAGACGCCACGCCGCUCUUGGAACAUUACGCGCGACCGGAACGGACACGGUUCUGUUUUUUUUUUUGCUUGCUUGCUCGGAAUCGCGCGGGAUUUAGGUGUGCACUUCCGGUUUGAAGCUUGCAGCCUGCUACGGUUCGCGUGCGUUUUAAUUAGCAUUUCCGGAUCAACGCGCGGGGAAAUUUGGAUACAGUGAGUGGUGGGGUAAACGGAGGGGAAGUGAAGGGUCAAGUGUGUGGUGGGGGGUAAUUAUUUGUGCACACAUUGGCACCAGUGGAGGGGGUCAAUAAACCCACACGUACACACGCAUACACGCGCGGGAGAGUGAUAAAUAACUGUGCGUAUUUUGGGUCAAUAAAUAUUUAUUUCUACCGUAAAUAAAGCCAAAAAAAGUGAUUGUGGUUGAAGAGUGCGAGACUACCGCGGAGGUGCUGGUUUAUUACGGCGGUAGCGAAGCAAGGCAAGGCCGUCUUGGAUUUCUACACGGUUCCUCGCGCGAGGAGGAAGUUUUGGACGAACCAUGGUUGGCCAAUCGUCUUGACACAUGGAGAAGAACCUGGUCAACAACAACAGCACUAACCACAGCUACAGGAUUAAGUAACGUGAAGAUGGAAAGUGGUUCCGGAAGAUGAAGAUUUUGGAUAACGAGAGUGAAAUUUAGUGGAUUAAAAUUGUUUGAAACAAGAAAAACAAGUGAGAAUUUCAAUUUGUAGUGUGUGAGAGAAAGAUAGAGGUAGCAAGAUGUCGAUUCCGGUGGCACAGGUGAAACAGGAACGGCACGAUGAGGCCGAGAUCAAUGAGCUGGCGGCCAAGAUGAUGGAGGCGCACAAGCAGCAGACGGCCAAGGCCGCGCUCCAGCAGCAGCAGCAGGUGGCCCGGCCUGGCGUCGGGGGUCAGCAGCUGGCGUCAGGAGUAGCGGCGGCCGCCAACGGUCCGGCCGGUCAAACAAACAUCCUAAACUACCUUACCCGCAAGCCCGGCCAGACGGCGGUUCCGGCGGCGAUCGGGGCGACCACGAUCGCACCGGUCACGGCCAACGGCGCCAAGACCGGUGGCGAUGACACGGCGGCCAACGGCGAAAAGAAGGCCUGCGACGAGGAAAGCCAGAAAGGCCACUUUGGCUGGGAAACGUUCCCAGGCAAAAUUCACAUUCCGUACAUUUUCCGGCAGUCGGAACGGUACUGUGCCGUUCGGAUGGUCGAGAUGAAGCUGCUCAACAAGUAUCUAAACUACCUGCAUCAGGACAUCUACAGCUGCACCUGCGUCCGGUCGUACUACAUCACCGAGGCCGAGAGCAAACUGUUCAACGAGAUCAACACGAAGCACUGCGACUUCCAGUUUGGCCGCGAAAUGUUCACGCUCAAGGACCUGGUCGUGCGGCUUUCGGACGCGUACAAGUUCUACCAGUUCCUGGACGUUUGCUACAAGAAGCUCCUGAUGGGCUGCAGCACGCCCAACGACAAGUGUGGCUUCAUCCGCAUCAACAAAGAGUCCGUAGUUCCUUACACCGUCCGGGACAACCAGAAGAUGGUGCCGCUGUUCUACUUCGAGGGAGAGACUGAUAAUCUUAAGCUCAAAGCCGACUACCUUUCCGGCUGGGACCUGUCCUAUCUCAAGUUCUGCUGCAAGGUCCAAGGCAUCCGCAAUGAACUGUUCGCCAGCGAUUCCGUGGCCGUCAUCAGCCUCACCGACAUCAAGGGCUACUUCCCGCCGGGCACCGAGUUCGAAGACUACUGGCCCAGCAAGGUCGUGGACUCGCAGCUCCUGUCCGGGCCCAAGUCCAACAACACCGUCCACUGGACGCGCCAGCCGGCCCAACCCCCGCCCAAGCAGCCCACCAACAUGAUGAACACGAUGGCCGCCAAGCAGCAGGCCGCCGUGCGGAAGCCCGCCAACAACAUGUACCAGGCGCUGCAGCAGCAGCAACAGCAGAACCUCCAGAAAAACAACGCUCAAAUGCCAAACAUCUCCGCGGCGGUUCAGGCCCUCACCAACAACUGGAACCUGUCGAACCACGCGAAUCUGCUGUCGGCGGCGCAACAGGAGCAAUUGUUGCGGCUAACGCAGGCACAGCAGGCCGCCCAAGCCCAGGCCCAAAUUCGGAGCAUGCAAAACAUGCACACGAUGCAGUACAACACGUACAUGAACCCGACGAUGUCGAUGUCGUCGCGGUCCUCCCAGAAUCAGGCUGUGCCGCCACCGCUCGUCCGAUCCUCGCAGUCCCAGGCCGCUCAUAUGUCAAACAUGGCAGGAGCGGCGGCCGCAGCGGCAGCACUAUCCCAACAACAGCAGCAGCAGCAACAACAGCAACAGCAGCAACAGCAGCAGCAGCAGCAAAAACGAUCCGCCGCCGCCGCAGCCGCCAUGACCAAUGGACGAUCAAACACGACGAUCAGUUCGGCGUCGGCGGCCAACUACCGCUCGACGGCGGCCGCCCUGCUGCAGCAACAGCAGCAACAACAGGCGGCCGCCGCCGCCGCAGCUGCCGCAGCCAUGGACGGCGGCGGCACCCGGCACGGCAAUUUGAUCAUGCUGCCGGAAAUGACCAUGGGCGGCACGCCGUACAAGCCGUAUGAGGUGGUGAAGAAACCGAUCGAGAACAAAACGAUCUACUGCAUUAACAAGACCCCGUACCGGAACACGGAGUAUCUGAUGACCAUACAGGACCUGAAGGACGUGUUCUUUCCGUACAUCAGCCUGGAGGUGUGCCGGAGGGUGCUGAACGCACUCGACAUCAACCUGUUCAUCGGCAAUAGCUUACAGUACCAAGCCCUGCUGGAGGCCGGCCGCGCGAACGUCGACAAGAUGCCGCUGGUGCAGGUCGUCGACGUGAUGCAGUUCAUGCCCCAGCUGCAGUACAUGGUGCGCGGCCAGAUUGGCCAGGAAACGCCGGCGAACAAGCGGGCCCGCAUCAGCUAGGAAUUGGGGUGGGGGGUACAGCAACAGC